GAUCUCUGUCAUGAACUUCCUGGGGCAGACGCGCGCGCAGCGCCCGAAGAAUCAGAUUGAACUCACGGAGGCUGUGAAGCAGCAGCUGCAGCGGAGCGCCUCCCAUGGACUUUUGCAGGAAGCCUGCUUGUCCGUGCUUCGGGACAUGGAGGCAUGGUUGCGUAUCGCACCCGCUGCAGGGCAGACAGCGGCCGAGUUCGCCCGACAGGUGAUGCAUAUCCCGGUCGAUGAGAUCCCAGAUGCUCUGAACAUGUUGCAAACAUCACAAGUAAGUGAUGCCAUCGAAUGCUUGGAGGAUACCUUGAAGAGCCCACUGGAAGGAUUGUCGGAGAAGUACAGGAAGCCCUUGUCUCAAGAAGCCAAGAACCAGCUAAAGGCUCUUCCGGCUUCAGACAGGGCUUCCAUGCUGCAGGAGUGGCGGCACUUCUUUCGUAGCUAUCUGACGGAUUCUAAAGAGCCAUAUGCCGACAGCUCGCCCCUGUCACAGUUUUGGGCCUAUGACGAUGAACCGCAUCCCUGGCUGGAUGUUCUUGAGAGGAUUGAUCUCAAGAUGUCUUCUUUCGGACCUGCCUUUGAGGAGCUGUACUCCACGUGA